AGUUAGUACAAAUAUAUAUGAUUAACUUGUGGGAUGUGUGUUACCUUAUCCUAUCCACCUCUCUUUUUCAAUAUCCUUCUCAUAUAUUUCAUAAAUAAACUUUACAACACACACUCUCUUCUCCACCUCCUUCACUUCUCUUCCUUUACUAACUCUUUAUUCUUCUACACUACUCUUACUUAUCAUUAUUUCCACAUAUAUAUAUACAUACAUAUGUGAAUGUAUCGAAAUAUUUUCGCUCGUUUUCGUGUCCUUAAUGUUCGUUUUGCACCAAGUUUUUAUUCAUUUUUAGUCUGUCACGGUGGUGAGCUUGUGGGUGUUCGGAUUGGAUUGCAAGGUGCUGUUUGGAAGAGAUUUAACAAAGAGUUUGAAUUUUAAUAACGUCGGAGAAUAUGGCUCCCAAAACGGGAAAGACUAAACCCCAUAAAGCCAAAGGCGAGAAGAAGAAGAAAGAAGAGAAAGUUCUACCUACGGUAAUCGAAAUAACAGUAGAAAUUCCCCAAGACUCACAAGUGACGCUCAAGGGAAUAUCAACGGACAGGAUCUUGGAUGUGAGGAAACUUUUGGCUGUCCACGUUGAGACUUGCCACUUCACCAACUACUCUUUGUCUCAUGAGGUUCGGGGGCCAAGGUUGAAAGACUCGGUGGAGAUCGUUUCUCUCAAGCCCUACCAUCUCACAAUUAUUCAAGAGGAGUACACGGAAGGGCAAGCUGUGGCUCACAUUAGACGGCUCUUAGACAUAGUCGCGUGCACCACGUCAUUUGGCGGUUCAUCUUCAACUCCCAAAAAUGGGCGGACCGGGGCCAAGGACUCUGGCCCGAAAGAACCCGGUUCAACUGCAUCGCCCACCGAUUCGGAGUGUGCGGCUUCGGAUUCCUCACCGAAGCCCAAAGCGGCCGACAAAAAGGCCGGCGGAAACAAUGGCGGAGUUCCGAAGCUCAAGCCAGCGAAAGCGGAGGUUCCCGCAUCCCCUACCGGCGCUUCCGGAACAGACACGGCGGAUAAAGGGGACGCUGCUGCGGCGAUGAUGUGCCCGCCGCCGAGGCUCGGGCAGUUCUACGAUUUCUUCUCAUUCUCCCACCUUACUCCUCCAAUUCAAUAUAUCAGGAGAUCAAACCGACCGUACCUUGAGGAUAAAACAGAUGAAGAUUUUUUCCAAAUUGAUGUACGGAUUUGCAGUGGGAAGCCAACUACAAUUGUUGCAUCUCGGAAAGGUUUUUAUCCUGCCGGAAAGCGGAUUCUUUUAAGUCACUCCUUGGUUUGCCUAUUGCAGCAGAUAAGCCGAGCCUUUGAUUCUGCAUACAAGGGUCUCAUGAAAGCUUUCAUCGAGCACAAUAAAUUUGGGAAUCUUCCAUAUGGUUUCCGAGCGAACACCUGGCUAGUGCCACCUGUCGUUGCUGAGAACCCAUCCACCUUCCCUCCACUUCCUGUGGAAGAUGAAAGCUGGGGAGGAAAUGGAGGCGGACAAGGAAGAGAGGAAAAGCAUGACUGCAGGCCGUGGGCAAAGGAGUUCUCGAUUUUGGCAGCAAUGCCAUGUAAAACAGCAGAAGAGAGGCAGAUACGAGAUAGAAAAGCUUUUCUCCUUCACAGUCUAUUUGUCGACGUUUCAGUCUUUAAAGCAGUUGGUGCAAUAAAGCAUCUUGUAGAAAACAAUCAGAAGUAUACCAAUAAUUCUGAUUCAUCAAUUUUACAUGAAGAAAGAGUCGGAGAUCUACUUAUUAGCGUGACAAAAGAUAUGCCAGAUGCAAGCACAAAGUUGGAUAGCAAAAAUGACGGCUGCAAGGUUCUUGGAAUUUCAGAGGAGCAGCUGACUGAGAGAAAUUUGCUGAAAGGCAUAACGGCAGAUGAGAGUGCUACUGUCCAUGAUACUUCUACUUUAGGUGUUGUGGUUGUUAGACACUGCGGUUAUUCGGCCAUUGUGAAAGUUUCAGCUGAGGUGGAUUCGGGUGGUACUCCAAUCCCUCAGGACAUUGACAUUGAAGACCAUCCCGAUGGAGGAGCAAACGCUUUGAAUGUGAAUAGCUUGCGCAUGCUGUUGCACAAGUCAACUACACCCCAAUCAUCUAGCCCGGUACAGAGAAUCCUUAAUGUGGAUGUUGAAGAGUCAAAUACCAGUAGGCUUUUGGUAAGGCAGGUGCUGGGUGAAAGCCUACUGAGGCUUCAGGAAGAAGAAUCUAAACCAACAAAGUCCAUUAGGUGGGAGCUAGGUGCCUGUUGGGUGCAACAUCUGCAAAAUCAGGCUUCCGGGAAAAAUGAGUCCAAGAAGAAUGAAGAAGCGAAAGUUGAGCCAGCUGUGAAGGGUCUUGGAAAGAAUGGCGGACUUUUAAAGGAAUUCAAAAAGAAGCCUGAUGAUCGAAGUAGUAAAAGUGAUUCGAACAAGGAACAGUCUGGUGAUGAUAGUUCUGAUGUAAACAAGAAGGAAGAUGGGAAACAAGACGAGGAAAAGGAAAUAAUGUGGAGAAAGUUGCUUCCUGAAGUAGCAUAUCUGCGCCUAAAAGAAUCUGAAACUGGUCUUCACCUUAAGUCUCCUGAAGAGUUGAUUGAGAUGGCACACAAAUACUAUGCUGAUACUGCCCUUCCAAAACUGGUUGCUGAUUUUGGCUCGCUUGAACUUUCCCCAGUUGAUGGAAGGACUCUGACUGAUUUCAUGCACACCAGGGGAUUGCAAAUGCGUUCCUUGGGUCGUGUGGUUGAACUUGCGGACAAGCUCCCUCACGUUCAGUCCCUCUGUAUCCACGAGAUGGUUGUUCGAGCAUACAAGCACAUUUUGCAGGCUGUUGUUGCUGCAGUGGAUGAUAUUGCUAAUAUGGCGUCAUCAAUUGCCUCCUGUUUGAAUCUGUUGCUAGGGACACCACCUACUGAAAAAGGUGAGGCAGAUGAGAGUCAUGACGAUGAAUUAAAAUGGAAGUGGAUUGAGAAAUUCCUGUCCAAGAGGUUUGGUUGGCAGUGGAAGGAUGAAUUUCGCCGUGAUCUCAGAAAGUUUGCCAUUCUUCGCGGGCUUUGCCACAAAGUGGGUCUUGAACUCGUGCCCAGGGACUAUGAUAUGGAUUCCCCCUUGCCCUUUAAGAAGUCAGAUGUAAUCAGCAUGGUCCCAGUUUAUAAGCACGUUGCUUGCUCAUCAGCGGAUGGACGCACUCUUUUGGAAUCGUCUAAAACCUCCUUGGAUAAAGGCAAAUUGGAGGAUGCUGUUACUUAUGGAACAAAGGCACUUUCAAAGCUGGUUUCAGUGUGUGGUCCUUAUCAUCGAAUGACAGCAGGGGCAUAUAGUCUGUUGGCUGUGGUGCUCUACCAUACUGGGGACUUUAAUCAGGCAACUAUAUACCAGCAAAAAGCAUUAGACAUCAAUGAGAGAGAACUCGGACUUGAUCACCCAGACACAAUGAAAAGCUAUGGAGAUUUAGCAGUCUUCUACUAUCGGCUGCAGCACACAGAGCUGGCCUUAAAGUAUGUGAACCGUGCACUGUAUCUCUUGCAUCUAACAUGCGGACCUUCUCAUCCAAAUACUGCCGCCACUUAUAUUAACGUAGCUAUGAUGGAAGAAGGUCUGGGGAAUGCCCAUGUUGCUCUUAGGUACCUCCAUGAGGCUCUUAAGUGUAACCAAAGACUUCUUGGAGCUGAUCAUAUACAAACUGCUGCAAGCUACCAUGCUAUAGCAAUUGCUCUGUCAUUGAUGGAAGCAUAUUCCCUUAGUGUUCAGCACGAACAAACCACUCUUCAGAUACUGCAAGCUAAACUGGGACCAGAUGAUCUGCGCACACAGGAUGCGGCUGCAUGGCUUGAAUAUUUUGAGUCCAAAGCUCUGGAGCAGCAAGAAGCUGCACGCAAUGGCACCCCAAAACCAGAUGCCUCCAUCUCUAGCAAAGGCCAUCUGAGUGUAUCCGAUCUGUUGGACUAUAUAACUCCUGAUGCAGAGAUAAAAGCAAGAGAUGCUCAAAAGAAACAAGCUCGUGCAAAGCUUAAAGGAAAAAUGGGUCCUAAUUGGGAGACGGAGACAGACGGAUAUCAUAAGGAUGAGGUCCUAUCCGUCAAUGAACCUGUUGCAGAGAACUCCAGUGAUAAAGAGAAUAGAUCUGGACUGGAGAAUAAAUCUGAGUCCAACUUUCUGGACUCCACUAAAGAUACUGAUCUAUUUUUAGUAGACAAGGCAGUGUUGGAUGAAAAGAACGACUUUGUGAAUGAUGAUAUCUCUGAAGAAGGAUGGCAAGAAGCUUUUCCAAAAGGACGUGCACAAACGAACCGUAAGCCCUCAGGUUCGAGGAGACCAACUCUUGCAAAAUUGAACACCAACUUCCCGAAUUCAUCCCAUCCAUCAAAGUAUCGAGGUAAACCUGGUAAUUUCACCUCUCCAAGAACAAAUUCGAAUGAGAAUCCAGCUUCCUCAGGACCAGCUCCUCAUGCUCCCAAGAAGAUUGUAAAGGGUUCCAAGCCAAAUUCUCCUGUUCCAGCUAGUGGGAAAGAGAGAUCGGGACCAGCUAGCCCAGCUUCUAAUGAAGUCGCUAAAGCUUCUCUUGUUAGUUCAGUGAGUGUUCAGGCAGCUGGAAAACUUUUCUCGUACAAGGAGGUUGCUCUGGCUCCACCUGGUACCAUUGUUAAGGCUGUGGCAGAGCAGUUGCCUAAAGAGAGUUCUGCUGAGGAAAAUCUCCAUUUACGCAAGGAGACAAUUGGCUCAGAUGCAACACUAUCACCAACAUUGAAUAAUAGUGAGGCAGAUCAAACUCAAAAUAGGUUGGAGGAAGAAAAUCCUGUUGAUCGUAGUAAUGAGAUCAAAUGUGAUAUUAAGGAAACACACAAAGUUACAAAUGGAUUGGAUGAAAAUUCACCAGAAUUUGUGAAAGUUACUGGAUAUGAUACUGUUAUCGAAUCCGUGGAAGGUGACAGUAGAAAUGAAUCAAUUUCAGGGCUCGAGGAUUCUGAUUCUCCACAUGGUUCAGAUUCUAUCAAUUCUAAAAAUGAAGUAGUGGAAAUGCAAUAUGCAGUUACUUCGACAGAUCUCACACCUCCAGCCGAUACGGCAGAGAAAACUGCUCAAUUCCUGGAGCAAGAUGGUCCUAGUUUGAAGGAAAAGGUGACAGCGGGGAAUGCACAUUUAUCUAACAGCAGUGAAGAUGUUGGUUCACUGCCAAAUGAGGCAGAGAAACAAGAUAAUGGAAGCGGCUCUGUUUCACCAAAUGAGGCAGAAAAGAAAGGUGAGACUGAGACCGGAAAGGAACAAAGCAAGAAACUCUCUGCGGCUGCACCUCCAUUUAAUCCAACCACGUUUCCAAUAUUUGGCUCCGUUCCUGUGCCUGGCUAUAAGGAGCAUGGAGGAUUACUGCCACCACCAGUGAAUAUUGCACCAAUGCUUGCAGUUAAUCAUGCUCGUAGAUCUCCACAUCAGUCUGCUACUGCUAGAGUUCCAUAUGGACCGCGUCUCUCUGGUGGUUAUAAUAGAUCUGGAAAUCGGCUUUCACGAAAUAAGCCUGCUUUCCACAAUGGUGAACAUAAUGGGGAUCAGAGUCACCUCAGCCCUCCAAGAAUAAUGAACCCACAUGCCACCGAGUUUGUACCUGGCCAGCCAUGGGUUUCCAAUGGCUAUUCAGUUGCUCCAAAUGGUUAUAUGGGUCCACCAAAUGGUAUUACUCUCUCCUUGGAUGGAUAUCCUAUUUCACCAAAUGGCUUCCAACAGUCUGUGACUACUAUGCCGGACACUCUAGGUGGAUUUCCAGUGGAUUCAAUUGAGUCUCCUUCGGUUGUGAAUGUUGAAGUUGCCGAUGAAGAUGGAAAAGAAGUUGUAGAAGGGAGUGUGGAAGAAGCAUCUACCAACCUGACAGCUAAUACCUCACAAGCAUCGGAAACCAUCCAGCAAGAAUCUGGCGAUACAGAACAAACCAAUUCUGAUCAGUUGGAAGACAAUGUGAAAUUACAUUGUGAACAUGGAGAAAAGUCUAUGGAUACAGCACCAGCAUUUCCUGAUGGUGGCAACCUGGACAUUGAAGAAAAGACAACCAAGCAUUGGGGAGAUUACAGUGAUGGUGAAGCUGAGGUUGUUGAGGUAACCAGUUAAACGGCUCUUUUUGUUCAUUAUCUAUCUGCUUUUAGAUAAGGGGCUCUAUUCUUUAAGUUCUUGGCGAUGAAGAAUUCCUGAAUUGUGGAACGAGGAAAUGACUCAAGUGUUUCUUUAUUCCUGGAGAAAAGACUGUAGAACACCAGGGAACGUGAAAAGAUGCACUAACUGUUAUAGUUGAAACUUUCAUCUAGCUAGGUUGGUGAAAAUCAUCAAGUGGAGCAAAGCAACAGAGGUUUCACUCUGUCGAGGUGGAAGGAGUAAGAGUACUCUAGGGCCGACCUAAACUUCAGUUCUACCGUAGUUUUUAGAUAAGUUUUCUUGUCCGGGACAUUGCAGUAUUUCUGGAUGAUUACAGGUGCCCGAAAGAUACACCUGGAUAAAUUCAGAACUCCUUUUUCUUUCUUGUUCCCCUGUUGAUGUUUGAGUUGAUCAAUCGUCAAAUAAUUAGUUAAUAUUUCAGCCUAGAAAUUUUGUGUAUAAAUCUGCCUUUUUGGAUGGUAUAUGUGUUUGUAUAUUCCAUCCAUCAAGGCUCCUGAACACGUACAAAUUCAGUUGUCUAUGAAUAAGCCUUGAAGUUAAAAAGA